GUGCAUGCAUGUGUGAUAGAGAUAGUCGAAAUAGAAAGUGAGAGAGGGAGGGAGAGUGAAGGAGCAAAGGGGAAUGCUUGCCACUGAGGGAGGGAAAAGGAAUAAGGAAAUUGAAGUAGCCGCCAUAUGCUGUGGACUUUUAUGAAUGUCUUGCUGAAGUGAAUAUUCUUUUUUGGGAAAAAAGAUGGGAAGCUCGCAUUUUCUGAACAAAGGCUUGCCUUUAGGCAUUCGGCCGCCUAUCAUGAACGGGCCCAUGAACCCACGGCCCCUGGUGGCCCUGCUGGACGGGCGUGACUGCACCAUAGAGAUGCCAAUCCUAAAAGACGUGGCCACUGUGGCCUUCUGUGAUGCCCAGUCCACCCAGGAGAUCCAUGAGAAGGUACUGAACGAGGCUGUAGGAGCUCUAAUAUACCACACCAUCACGCUAAUGAGGGAGGACCUGGAGAAAUUCAAGGCACUUCGGCUCAUCGUCCGCAUAGGCAGUGGCUUCGACAAUAUCGACAUCAAGUCGGCUGGAGAUUUAGGGAUAGCAGUGUGUAACAUGCCAGCAGCGUCUGUGGAGGAGACAGCGGACUCCACACUGUGUCACAUCCUGAACUUGUACAGACGAACCACGUGGCUUCACCAGGCACUGCGCGAGGGCACCAGGGUACAGAGCGUGGAGCAGAUCAGAGAGGUGGCGUCCGGGGCGGCGCGGAUCCGUGGGGAGACACUUGGCAUCAUCGGCCUCGGUCGUGUUGGCCAGGGUGUAGCACUCAGAGCCAAAGCGUUUGGGUUCAAUGUGAUAUUCUAUGACCCAUACCUGUCUGACGGGAUGGAGCGAGCCCUGGGCCUGCAGCGGGUCAACACCCUCCAGGAUCUGCUUUUCCACAGCAACUGUGUCACCCUCCACUGCAGUCUCAAUGAGCACAACCACCACCUCAUCAAUGACUUCACCAUCAAACAGAUGCGCCAGGGUGCGUUCCUGGUUAACACGGCCCGAGGGGGGCUUGUGGAUGAGAAGGCCCUGGCACAGGCCCUGAAAGAGGGGAGGAUACGAGGGGCAGCCCUGGACGUCCACGAGACAGAGCCCUUUGGCUUCAGCCAGGGACCUCUGAAAGAUGCUCCUAACCUGAUAUGUACUCCCCAUGCUGCCUGGUACAGCGAACAGGCUUCUAUUGAGAUGAGAGAGGAGGCAGCCCGGGAGAUCCGACGAGCCAUUUCAGGUCGUAUUCCAGACAGCCUAAAGAACUGUGUGAAUAAAGAGUUCCUGUCCCAGACUACUCACUGGGUCAAUAUGGACCCUGCUGUCAUUCAUCCUGAGCUCAAUGGGUCCUACAGGUACCCUCCUGGUGUUGUGAGUUUGGCCUCUGGGGGGCUCCCUCCGCCUAUAGAGGGAAUCGUUCCUAAUGCCGUGCCCAUAACACACAGCCUGCCCAGCGUCGCCCACCCCUCUCACGCCCCUUCGCCGGGCCAGCCAGGCAAAGCAGAGUCAGACAGAGAGCAGCACCCCAAUGACCAGUUGUUGUAGCCCCGCCCCCAGAGCUCUCUGUCCAACCAAAAGAACUCUACUGGUCUUCAUUCGUCCGAAGAGGAAUGGAGUUGAAGCCUCAUAGGUUUCAAACAGCUGCCAUGAAACAGACAGACUCAAAGAGGUCUAUUACAGUUCAUCUGGUCCAACCAUAGUGGUCAACUUUUUCAAACAUUUUUUUUUGUGCAGAAAAAGUAAAAUAAUAAUGUGGAUUUGAAAAGAGAAAACACAAAUAUCCUUUAAAGCGAAUCCUGCUGUUUAGAAUGUAGUUUGACCUAGUAAAGUGGGCGAAUAUCUGUUGCUGUGUCCUAUGGGUUCAUCGUUAAAGCAGAAGUAGUUGAUUAUAACAUGAAUAACCUAUUUGUGUACAGUUUUUAGAACUAUGAAAACAAUAUUUAUAUUGCAGUCUAAAAGAAAAAUAAGGGUGAAAACUAACCAACUGAUUUUAAAAAGACAGUAUGUUUGUUUUUAUAUAUACAAGCCCCAAAAGAGGAAGCUUUUGCACAACUUCUCAGGAAAUUGAAUUUCUGUAGUUAUUUUCCAUUUAUGCCAGAUUGUGCUUUCUUUUUCUACCACCUGCCUGUUUUGUUUAUAUGAGCAAACAUACUAACCCAUAAGAGUCUUAAGCACUGUCUAUGCCGGGGGAGGAGGUGGGUUCUACUAAGCUAUAUUGAAUUGUUUUAAGAAGGUCAUACCAAAGAUUAUUUAGCUAUUUGAUUUUGAAUUUUAAGACCCCUUGAAGUAUCAACAAAAAUGUAGAUUUAAAAAAAAUAUAUGAAUUUUAACACAAACUUUCUUUAGAUUUUUUUUUGGGGGGGACCAUCUGUUGUUCCAUGUAGUGAUCUGUUAUUCGAUGCGUUUGUAUGGGCUAAUAAGCAGUAAGGCUAAAUACAAUUUUUAGGUAUAAAAAAAUAUAUAUAAAAAAUAUACUGCUCAAAAAAAAAAAAGGGAACAC